AUGGCCGUUGAAGGGGCAAAUCUCACCCUGGUCUCUGAGUUCCUGUUCCUGGGCUUCUCGGAGGACCCCAAGCAACAGCAGCUGGUGUUCAUACUCUUCCCGAGCAUGUACCUGGUCACAGAACUGGGGAACCUGCUCAUUAUCCUGGCCAUCGCCAUCGACGUCCAGCCCAUGUACCUCUUCCUGGCCAACCUGGACUUUGUGGACAUUUGCUACACCUCCACCACCAUCUGCAAGAUGCUGGCCAAUCACAUGCCAGGACACAAAGGGAUUCCUUAUGCUGGCUGCCUGACCCAGACGUUCUGCUUCACGUUGUUCGCCGGCAUCGGCAGCUUCCUGCUGACCGCCAUGGCCUACGACCGCCAUGUGGCCAUCUGUCACCCUCUGCACUAUGCCACGUCUGUGAUACCACAGCUCUGUAGCCUCCUGGUGGCAGCAUCCUGGACUGCAACCUUUGGGAAUGCCUUGACCUACACGAUAUUACUGACCCGCCUCUCAUUCUGCAUCCACAACCAGGUCCCCCAUUUCUUCUGUGACCUCAGCCGUCUGCUGAAGCUCGCAUGCUCUGACACCUUUCUCAACAAUGCAAUGGUGUACACCGUGGGCGCCCUGCCCAUCAUCACCCCCUUUAUGGGCAUCUUGGUAUCCUACACGCACACCUUUGCUGCUGCGUUGAGGAUCCCGUCCACCAGAGGCAAGCGGAAGGCCUUCUCCACCUGUGGCUCUCACCUCUCUGUGGUGUCCCUGUUCUAUGGCACACUCAUCAGGGUUUAUUUCAGCCCCAUGUCCUCCCGCAUGGCCCAGAAGGACACAACCGCUGCAGUGAUGUACACCGUGGUCACUCCCAUGCUGAACCCCUUCAUCUACAGUCUACGCAACAAUGACAUGAAGGGCGCCUUGGGGGCCCUCAUCAGCAGGAGACCAGUUUUUAUUUGGUGA